UGAUGGGGAAGUCAACUUUUACUGACUGCUUAAACUUUGACCGCCUUUUUUUCUCUAUGAAGGAAACUUAUGGGUUAUAGUUUUAACUCAUGGAUCUCCCAUUUAUGCUAUUAUGGGGCAUCAGUGCUUGGGAUCCCCAAAGCUUUUGCUUGGAAAUAAACUUUUUUUUAAAUUAUUAUUAAAGUAAAUUAAAACCAAAACAUUGGACUUGAAUCAAUCAGUGGGCAUGUCUACAUAUUCCCCUAAUUAGCAUCUUGGCGACUCAAGGAUCAGACAGUUGCCACAGACUAAUCAGCCUGGGAUCAUUUUCUAAAAUUAUCCACAAAAAUGAAACUUGUAGAGGGAAAAUAACCUUUUUUAGCAGACUUGAUCGAUUUUAAGAGCUAAAAAUAAAGGCUUGCCUUUAAAUUAAAAAAGUAAAAACAAAUUUCCUGGAAAAAAAUUUAACAAAUUACAAUUUCUGUCCACCAAACUCCCAAUUCAUAUGCUUGAUAAUAUACCCUCAGGGCAUAGCAGCUUGAGUGUUUUCCUUUUUAUUCCAAACCCUUUCCAUAAAUAUAGAAAUGAUCCACGUAGGCUGCCAUAGUUUGUUGUUUAAGUUUUAGCCAAAUAAACCCCUCUUUUCAAAAGUUCGAUCUCGAAAAAACCUUUCACGACGUAUGACGUUAUUAGAUAUGCACGUGCCGUCUCCAUAGCAACAUACUUAAACAGAUUUAGGAAACAUGGCGAGCCAGCGUGAGCGAGAUGCUACGGAUUAUCUAGAGAAACAUAAAAUAUUAGAGCUGGUGGAAAACCUGACGUCCAUGCUUUUAUUUCACAAGCCUGAGAAUCCCAGAGAGUUUCUUGUUGAGCAGCUGGAGCAGCUGAAGAUUUACGGAUCAGGACCAGAACUGUUCAAUAGUUCUAAUGUGACUGCUGUCCUCAGGAUACUGGACCCUAUGAAUAAACAAUAUAUAACCUUUGCACAGUACAAGCAUGCAGCUCUGACCAUGCUUGGCAUCAAAGACAUCAAUGAAUGUCCUGAAGGAGUGAAUGAAGACAGAAUAUCUCAUGAGACAUUCAGAACAGAAGUGAUGAACUCUGCCACUUAUGCUCAACUUUGAAGGGCUAUGAUAUUUUCCAAGUCGUGUUAGGCAGAUAUGGGUUUUGUUGACAUUUUUCAUUCAUAUUAUUUUUUGCUAUAAAUUUCUAAUGCAAUGUGUUUUGUUAUCGCCAGGUUAAAUAAAAAGAUGUAGCACCAUC